AUGUUCUCAAUUCUCUUGCUACUCCUUGUGACUACAACUACCAGCCAAUUAGUACCAGUGGGAGGAGAUGAUAGAAAUGGUGUUAAUAUGAAAAAGUGUUUGGAAAAGGAGAGACAUGCUCUCCUUCUUUUCAAAGCUCCCCUUCAAGACCCUGAUGGUCGUCUCUCUUCAUGGACAGCUGAGGAACAUGACUGCUGUAAAUGGAGUGGAGUCACAUGCAGCAACCAUACAGGUCAUGUCACAGAGCUUGAUGUUGGCUUAUAUGGUCUUGGAGGUGAGAUAAGCCAUUCAUUACUUAACUUAACCUACUUGAAUCAUCUUAAUCUUUCCUACAAUUCUUUUAAUGGAACCGUUCCCACUUUCAUUGGUUCUUUGACUCGAUUAAGGUACCUUUCCCUUUCCAGUAACUCUUUUUAUGGAACUAUUCCCAGGUCCAUUGGUUCCUUGACUGAAUUAAGGAACCUUGACCUUUCCAGCAAUUCUUUUCAUGGAACCAUUCCUCCAGAGUUUGGAAACCUAACCAACUUGCAACAGCUUCAUCUUUAUUCUGUUGGAAGGUGUAGAGUUGAAAAGGUAGAGUGGUUGUCUCAUCUCACUCAUUUGGAGGAACUUUAUAUGGAUGGGAUUUCCCUAGCCAAAGCAAAUAAAUGGGUAGAUGCAAUUUCAAGUCUCCAGAAACUCUCAUCUUUAAGUUUAGAUGGAUGUGAGCUGUCACAGGUCGUGUAUCCAUAUUCUUCAUUUCUCAACUCUUCUUCUUCAUCUAUUCAUUACCUUGAUCUUAGUUUCAACAAUCUCACCUCAUCCAUGUAUCGUUGGUUGUUCCCAUUGACCAGCAAUAAGCUUCACAAACUUUAUCUCUCUUACAACAUCUUAGAUCGGAUACCCAAAUAUCUUGGUAACCUCUGUAGUCUGGAAACUUUGGACUUCUCUAACAACGCUGCUGCUGUCGAAUUUCCUGAUUUUCUCAACAACUUGUCUGGAUGCACAUCCCUUUCAUUACAAAAUUUGUUCCUAUAUGAUAGUAACUUAAAUGGAAGUAUAAGUGAGAAACUUUGGGAACUACCCAGCCUUGAAUACCUUGACCUUUCAUUUAAUAAUCCUACAGUUCCUUCCACAUAUCACUUGUCAGGUCUUUCUCAUGUUAAGUAUCUUGAUCUGUGCUUUUGCAAGUUGCUAGGGCCUUACUUCCCCAAAUGGAUUCAGAAACUCAAAAAUCUUAUCCGUAUUGAUCUUUCUUAUACUGGAAUUUCAGACACAACUCCUCUGGAGUUUUGGGACACGUGGCCUUCUCAAUUAAAAUAUCUGGAUCUCUCUUUCAACAACAUUAGUGGGAAAGUACCAGAUUUAUUGUCAAAUUUUGCCAACUUUGCAAUUAUAGAUUUGAGUUCCAACAACUUUCAUGGUCCGAUACCGAAGGUUCCUUCCUCUUUGUUAUCAUUAAAUCUUUCCAGAAACAAAUUCUCAGGGGGAAUCUCAUUUAUAUGCCAAAUUGUUGAUGGGCUCUUAUACUUUCUUGACCUCUCUCAUAACUCAUUCAUCGGACAACUCCCGGACUGUUUGUGGCAUUUCAAAGAACUAAAAGUUCUUAAUCUUGGACACAACAAUCUCUUUGGAAGUCUUCCUCCCUCUCUUGGAUCUUUGAUACAACUCCAGGUGUUGUAUGUAUAA